AAAGAUUCCACGGUGAAGUUCCACGUCCUGCUGACGUCCUACGAGCUGAUCACCAUCGACCAGGCCGUGCUGGGCUCCAUCGAGUGGGCCUGCCUGGUGGUGGACGAGGCCCACCGGCUCAAAAACAACCAGUCCAAGUUCUUUCGCAUCUUGAACAACUACCCUCUGCAACACAAGCUGCUGCUGACCGGCACUCCUCUGCAGAACAACCUGGAGGAGCUCUUCCACCUGCUCAACUUCCUGACCCCCGUCAGAUUCAACAACCUGGAAGGCUUCCUGGAGGAGUUUGCAGACAUCGCCAAAGAGGAUCAGAUCAAGAAGCUGCACGACAUGCUGGGCCCUCACAUGCUCCGCAGGCUGAAGGCCGACGUCUUCAAACACAUGCCUUCAAAGACGGAGCUCAUCGUGAGGGUGGAGCUCAGCCCUAUGCAGAAGAAGUACUACAAGUUCAUCCUGACGCGUAACUUCGAUGCUCUGAACACUCGAGGAGGAGGAAACCAGGUGUCUCUGCUCAACGUGGUGAUGGACCUGAAGAAGUGCUGCAACCACCCCUACCUGUUUCCUACCGCCGCCAUG